AUGUGGGUAUGUCUCAUAUCUGUAGAUAAUUACAAAUUUAACUUGGGUAUUGAAAAAGUAUUGAGAAUAGUACCACGUGAUGGUUGGCUUGCACAGUUACCUUUAAAACCGCUCUUAUCUCUUGAUUUGCCGGUAUCUAAAGUUAUUGUUUCAUCUACUAAUACAGAAAAUUGCACCACACAAUCCACUUGCACCUAUCGUGUACGCAUCUUACAAACAUACAAUAUAGAAGCCACACAUUAUGAUGAUAUAAUAUACAACUUUCUAAUCGGUGGUGAUGGAAAUGUUUAUGAAGGACGCGGUUGGGAUAAUGUGGGAGCACAUCUCAAAGGUUGGAAUGAUAGAAGUAUCAGUUUAGCAUUCAUUGGAACAUUUAAAAAAGUAGAACCAAAUGAAAAACAAAUAAGUGUGAGCAAACUCUUACUUGAAGAAGGUGUGCGUUUGGGUAAACUUACAGAAGAUUACAAAAUUUAUGGUGCCCAGAAGAUCGUUCCAAAUGCCGGCAUAACAGCAGCAGAUGCACUUUAUGAAAGUUUUAAAAGCUGGCCACAAUGGUCAGAAAGUCCUAGUACUACUACUGAUUAAUUACUAUACUUAAAAAUAUUUAGGACUUAGUUACGUAGAUAUAU